AUGGGUGUAAUGCUUCAUCUCCAACAUGCAGCCCCUGGCGCCAGCCAAAUCGCCAUUGGCCUGGCGCUUGUCGGUCUGCUGGCUCUCAUCGCCGACUAUGCGCGGAUGCUCCUUCUGCGGAGGAAGAUGCCUCCGGGUCCGUUCCCUUGGCCGAUCGUGGGCAACACAUUCCAGCUACCAGACACCAAGCCGUGGAUUUAUUUCGAGGCACUCGCCAAAAAAUACAAGACUCCCGUCAUCACAUACUGGAUCGGCCGGAGCCCCACAGUAUGGAUCUGCGAUGCCUGGGCGGCUUCCGAGAUGCUAGACAAGCGAGCGGGCAUCUACUCAUCUCGACCUCGUAUGGUUGUCUUCGGUGAGCUGUCAAUGGGCCAGUCGAACAUCGUCUCCAUGUUCUACGGUGAUCGAUGGCGACUACACCGAAAAUUGACCCAUAUGGGCGUCGGUCUCCAGCACGUUCGCAGUUACAGCGGGUUCCAGAACAACGAGAGCAAAGUCGUGGCCUUGGAUCUAGUCCGAGAUCCCGCCGACUAUGUGAUGCAUUUCGAGCGGUACGCCGCGUCGGUGGUUAGUAUCAUUGGCUUUAAUCGUCGCAUUAAGAGCAAGGAGGAUCCCAUCAUCACCGAAGUCAUUGCUGUCAUGCAGAGAGCUGCAGAAUUGAACGUGCCCGGCAAGACCUUUCCCAUGUUAAUGGAGACAUUCCCGUGGCUUUCGAAAUUUCCCAACUGGAUGGCACCUUGGAAGUGCGGGCUCGGCGCGGGAAAGGGGCGUGGUCGCUCAUUCUAUUACGCCCUUGCCGAGGAAGCAGUCCGCAAGAAUAAUGGCGAUACCUGUUACGCUAAGAAGAUCUUCGACGAGGCGCCCAAGUAUAAUCUAUCUAAUAUGGAAAUCGCCUCCCUCAACGGAAAUCUCUUCGGGGCCGGAAGCGAUACCUCAAGUUCCACCCUCAUCACGUUUGUGCUGGCCUGUUGUGCCUUCCCUGAGGUCCUCCCUAAGGCGUGGGAGGAACUUGACCGCGUGGUUGGAUCGUACCGCAGCCCCAGCUUGGACGACGACUUGCCCUACAUCCGGGCAUUUGUGAAGGAAGUCUUUAGAUGGCGAUCUGUCGCGAUAAUCGGGGGUCAGCCGCAUGCCCCGAUCCAAGACGACUAUUACAGGGACUGGUACAUCCCCAAGAACACUUGGGUCCAGGGCAACGUGUGGGCGAUCCAUCGCAACGAGAACGACUUUCCUGAGCCCGAUCGCUUCUGUCCUGAACGGUUUUUCGAGGGACACCCGCUUCACCGCCCGUUUCCGAACGAGAAAGGCUACAUGACCUUUGGCUGGGGCCGACGUGUCUGCAGCGGCCAGGGCCUAGCUGAACAGGGCACGUUCCUGUCCGUGGCCAGAAUACUUUGGGGAUUCAACAUCCAGAAAGCCCUGGAUAAGAACGGCAACGAGAUCCCCGUGGAUAUUUUUGCAUACACAAACGGCCUCAACAUGCGCCCCGAACCGUUCGAAUGCCGAAUCACUCCCCGGACGCCCGAGAUUAGGGAGACGAUUGAGCGCGAAGGCAAACAGGCCCUCGGGGAGCUGGCGCAGUAUGAUGGCGAAAGCCAGUAUCGCAUGAGCACGUUUUACCUCGAUGAUAAACUUUAG